AUGGCAGAGGGGCCCGAGGAAGAGGCCAUGGCAGAGGGGCCCGAGGAAGAGGCCAUGGCAGAGGGGCCUGAGGAAGAGGCCAUGGCAGAGGGGGCCAAGGAAGAGGAGUUUGCAUGCUUGGUGGAGGAUCCGCAGCAUGAGGAGAAAAUAGAGCUCAAGCUCGGUGAUGGCCGCAGGGAACUGGACAGGCAGCUCCAGAACGGGAGAGAGGUGAGGCAACAGAAAAAUGUCCUCUGCGGCACUGCCAGUGACAGGGGAAUGGCCCCUGUGGUCAUGGACACUGCCAGUGACAGGGGAAUGGCCCCUGUGGUCAUGGACACUGCCAGUGACAGGGGAAUGGCCCCUGUGGUCAUGGACACUGCCAGUGACAGGGAACUGCAGAGAACAAACAGCAAUUCAGCUCUGGACACCUGCAACCUGAAUAAUCUGAACAAUUUCAGCUCAUUGAUUCUAAAUGCAGUGAAUAACACCACACACCAACUACAAUGCAUUUCAACCAACAAUGCUAGUUUCCCUCCAGAGAAACUUCACAUGCUCCAAAAAGAGCUUGGAAAGAUCAUUACAUCAACACUAAAUGUCAUUGUUCAGCUUGGAGCUUCAUCAGCUGAGGACAUUGCUGAUAGUUUUGGAGCUUUGCACACGUUGACGGUGGAGAAUGCAAACAAUGUGGAGUUUGUCCAGUCAUGGCUGUGCGUCAGACUCGUCCCAAUCCUCCCGUUUAUUACCACAGAGUUCAUAUCAAACAUGAGCAAGAAAAACUUUUCGUGUGUCAGCUACCAGGCAAUUGUCAAAGCUCUCAGCCAACAAGUAGAUCUGGUUAAUAUGGCAUUGAGGCCCUUCAUUUACACCAACUUCAUUCAUCCAUUCCUCUCUAGAGAAGUGUCAGGUGCAAAAAACUUGACCUACAUCGAAAACACGGAGGUCCGAGACAUCAUGCUGAACCUGACUUUGUCGGCUCUGGCUCCAAAGUUCCCUCUCUUCCAAACCAGCGACUAUGAGCUGUGGUUCCAAAUCAAUCUCGUGGUCUUGCUGGCCAGUUUCAGUCCUUCAGUUCUGCUUGUGAUCCCCGCCAACCUCAGCUGCGACUCUCAUGAUGCAAUAUUGAAAGGCCUAGAGAAGGCUUUGGCAGGUCUCCCAUCUGACCUACAAGAGGACCUCAAGUCAAGCAAAAAUGUACUUCUACAAUCACCACCAGAAGGCUGCACUCCUCCUCCUCCUGUCAGAGUUUGCAAAGAAACAUUAGUGGAUGAAAAGAGCCUGUGUCAAGGUGUUAACAGUGGUCCAACUGAGGCUCAACUUUCCACUGGAAAUCUUCCGGGAUUGCCUUGUAGCUUCAGCCUCUCUGAAUAUGCCUGUUCUUCGGUUGGAUCUCUGUCCUCUGACCAACUUGCCACGCUGCUGACUUGCGAGUUGCCAAGCAGUGCCAGCGACAGUGCAGAGAUGUGGAAGCUUUUCUUCCAGAAAGUUGCAGGAGUGCUGGAAAAUGCCCUGUCAGAGUACUCCAACAUAACCAUCCACAACAAUCAGCCAGACUCCCAUGUUCUCGAUGCCAUUGGAGAGGUGGAAGUCAACAACUUCAGUGCUGCACAGCUGACAGAUGUGAGCUUCAUUGGCGCUUGGUUCCAGGAAAGGCUAAAACCAUUUUUGCCAGCAGUCUCAGGGGACUUUCUGUCCUGCCUUAGCUCCAAGAACUUCAGUUGCGACACCUACCAAGUUGUGGUGAAGGCACUCAGCAGUCAAGCAUCCCUCAUGGAGGAGGAGCAAAGACGAGCCAUCUUCACUGAAUUCAUCCAUCCCUUCCUCUCCCGAAAUGAGCUAGCAGAUCCCGCCUGCCUUUCCAAAACUCCUAGCAGUGCUGAGUGGCUUGAAAAGAACUUUGCCAACUUCUCCAGCUAUGCCACCUUGGCGGAUCUGCAGACUCUGAAUGAAAAUUUCUCCAGUUUUGAAUUGUUGGCAAUGCUGACCCCUACCCAAGCAGCUGAACUCACACUGAGCUCCGGAGCACUGAACAAUACAAAUCAGAUAAAUACUGUGUUCGACCGACUGGAGGAAGGCAAUGCUUUCAAGAACGUGGAUGAGUUUCUGACAGCUCUGAGCGCAGCUCCUGAGAUACCUGAUAUCAUAACUGAUGUGAGAGACGUGAUGAUGAACAGAACCUUCAAGAUCAUCCAAGUGAGGUUCCAGGACUUUGAGGCGGCUGACUGGGUUGCAUGGUUCACCGUGAAGCUCAUACCCAUCCUUCCCAGUUUCACUGCAGAGAUGCUAGUUACAAUCACAGCUGAGGUCAACUGCACCAACUACCAUGUGAUUGUUGAAGGACUUAGCUUGGCCUAUGCACAAACACCAGUCAAGAGACGAGAGGAACUCGCCGCAGGUCUGCUAUCGUAUCUGAAAAUGUCUGCAAACCAGAUUAAUCAGCCAGCGUGCAGACAGGACGUCCAUAAUGACACUGACUGGCUGAUUUUGAAUCUUGGCCAGUUCUUCACCUACGUGCCAUUUUCUGAGCUGAUUGAAUUCAACAUCUCUCGGGCGGCAGUGCUUGUCUCGCUCUCUGGCGAACAGAAGGUGGAGCGACUCUUGACCCCAGGUCUGAUAGAGGACGAGUCUGCCGUGAGAGAACUCUUUGGAACGAUUGUAAACUCUCCCGAUCAAAAGCAGUUGGAUGAGUUCUUCGGCACGUUCAUCAGCAUUUCUGCACAGAGAAACGUGUCGAGCAUCAGCGCUGCUGUGAGAAGCACCAUUCUCAACAUGACCUUGACAGACCUGCUGUCCAGAUAUGAAAGUGUCACCCCGCAGACCUUUGCUCUGUGGUUCCAGACUUACCUGCUCCUUUUCCUCCCAGGAAUGGGUCCGCACAGCCUCUCCGUCAUCCCCACGACCAUCAGCUGUGACUCUUACAGAGAAAUAGUGAAGGGCUGUGAUGGUGUUUUCAGCAGUCUCACACAGAGUCAGAAGGAGGACGUUUACAGAUUCAUACAUGACUAUCUCUCCCGUCAGCCACAUCAAGGACAAUCCUGUGUGCAGACUUUGAACAGUGACUCUGACUGGCUGCUCAAGAACUUUGGACAGUUCAGUGUUCUCGCAUCCUUUACAGACCUGAUCAGCUUGAAGAGAGACUUUAAUGGGGUUGAAGCAGCAAAGUUUCUGACUCCGCUCCAGCUGGCUGAGCUGUGCUCCUCUCCUUCACGACUCCACAGAUCACAGGAUGUUCAAACCAUCAUGAAUGCCGUUGCACCGCAGCAACUUUCACACUUUUUUGAUGUUCUUUCACCAAAGAUCCAGGUGAAUGAAUCGAGCUACUCUGCAGAGGUGAAGCAUGCGUUCCUUCAGGCGGUGUUUGCGAGAGGCGGUCUGUCCUCUCCAUCAAUCAGUGAUUCAGAGGUGUCCAUUUGGCUCACGGUUCGACUGAAACCUCUGCUGUCUGUUCUGAGCUUGGCAGAUGUUACAGAUUAUUUUGACCUCGUCAGGACUCGAGGAUGCAGCAUCAAUCAGGAGGCCGUUAGUGUGCUGGAUUCUCUAAGAAUGUCUCUGAAUGAGGACACACAACGUCAGAUCUACAACAGCAUCAAACAGUUACUCACAGAUCCAGCACCUCUUCGUUGUUAUGGCAGCGGGAGUUUCUACCUCUUCCUCAAGACAUCCUUCCUCCAUUUUGGAUUUCCAGAUCUGAACAGCGUCCUGUCUCUGAUCCCUGUGAGCAGGAGGCCUGAGGUGUUGAGUUCCAUCUCUACAGCAGAGAUGAGUGAGUUUCUGAACGGCCCUCAAACUCUUGUGGAUGGAUCAGGACUCUGUGAUCUGCUGGGCCUGUACAACCGGACCACACAGUACCUGGAGACGGAGCGGGUGGGUUCUGUGGGUUUGGCCCGGCAGGUGUUGUCCUGUGUGUGGUCUCAGGUUCUGAAGGUGAACGUCCAGUCUGAGGUGGAUCAGUGGUUUGAUUAUCGACUUGUGCAGUAUCUGCCGUUCCUAACCUCACAGCUCAUCAGUCCAGCACAGCUCAGCGGUGCCACCUGCGUAUCAUACAGGAAACUUGUUUCAGUUCUUGGAAACAACUACAAUUUCUCCAACACUGAUUUCACCGCCGAGGAUGUUUACAGCUCCAUCAAGGUUUAUCUUGCAAAUGAUGGCUCUCCACGGUGCUAUGAGCCCUCCAAUUCUCAACUGAACGCCACAAACUGGAUUGUCAGCUACAUUGGUGUCUUCAUCAGCUACGUUAAUCUCACAGACCUCAACUCCUUUGUGUCUUCUGGGAAGAUUGGUGUGUUCUUAGAAAACUCAGGGAACCUUGAGCUGCUCAACAGCACCACAGUCCAGUCCAGUGUUAUAAGCUACUACAUAACCCAACUGUACAUCCAGAACCCAUCCUUCAACCCUAUCAGGCUGCCAGGUGCGUUCCUGUGUGGUAUUUCUCCAUUUGCAUUUGAGAUUCUCGGAGCAGCAGACAGUCUGACACUCAUAAAACGCCUCAAUGUGUUCUGUAACGGAACUGAAGACCCUGCGAUCACAGUCGCACUCACUGCUAACCUCCCCACCAUCUCGUCGGCCACCAUUCAGUUGCUUGGCAACCAGAGCAUCAGCCUGACAGUGGGUCAGAUAAGCUCCACCUCUUCCAGCAUCAUCGCAGCCGCACUGCCAACUCUCGGGACUGCGGUUGGGUGGAAUCAGGGUCAAGCGAAUGCCAUCAUACAAACUCUGACUGCGUCCGGCUUUACAAUCAGCACGGGCUCUUCACUGGUGUCACUGGGGUCAUUGGUCACAGGUGUUCAAUCUGAAACCAUCUCCAGCAUUUCAUCUUCAGAGCUCCUCACCAUCUCCAACAAUCCCACGUUCAUCAACAACAUCGCCUCAGCUUCAGCCAUCCUGCAGCUCGUUUAUGUCAUGAAGAUCGUGUCUAUAGAUGAGACUAAAGUCAUCGAGAAUGUUCCGGAUGUGUUGGCUGGCUCCAUCCCGCGGGUGUUGUUGGCGUCUCUGGAUUCGUUGAAUGUGACCCUCAUCAACCAGAAACAGUGGACACAAGAGCAGGCUGUGAUGCUGUUUGGCUCCAUGGCCAGUGCCAACGAGGAUGCUGAGGAGUUGUCUGAGGAGGUGCUGCAGGGUUUCACCUGUACUUCAGUCCAGACACUCGAUGCAGUGCGAGUCCAACAGAUGGUGAAAGCGUGCAGACAUCGUCAGGGACGGAAGAAGGUCCAGCUUAAAGAGAGUCAGCUGAUGUGCAUGAAUAACUACAUGAAAGACGAUCCCAUGCCCAACUUCACAGAAUUACCCACAGACAUGCUGCUUUACUACAGCUAUGAGAAGGUGGAGAAAUCAAAAUGCAGGUCGUAUUUCAGUGCAGUUGGCAGUGCCGAUUUCUCUGUUCUUUCCGGUGUCCUUGGCAAACAGACAACUCUGUUCAACAACGCACAAAACUGUCUGGGUAUAUCUGGUCAGAGUCUCAGUAAAGAUGACGUGGAGGUUUUGGGUAAUAUGACAUGUACGCUGGACCCGGUCUACAUCGAGAACUCUCAUCCAAUCAUCAUUGAGAGUUUGAAGAACUGUGACGAUCUGUCAGAUGCACAGAUCAGCGCCGUGGAAACGCUGCUGCUCUCAGGGAACACGACCUAUGGGAGCUCAUCCGUGUGGAAUCAAGAGACGCUGGAGCGAUUGGACAUUCUGCCGCUGUACUUCACUGACACUUUCUGGAAGUUUUUCAGCCCGACUGUAAAGAGGAAGUAUCUGAAGGGGUUUAUGCCGUCUCUUCGAAAGAAAAACACUGAAAAGCCAAAACUGAAGAAACUCUUUUCAAACUGCAACUCUGAAUUAGAUGCUCGAACACGAACUGCACGUUCCACAGACUGCACAGCCGGCAACAUCACUGAAGCCACGAUCGCAGACCCUUCGUUCCCGUUCGGAUACUCCUCGAUCCAGUUUGAUGCGUGUCUGCACAUCAGGAUCCUCACAGAUAACCUGGCCGCCAUCACCGAAAAAGUGGACGACAGUGAUUUCCAGAGAAUCAUUCUGAACAAGCUGAACCAGGUGUACCCCGCGGGACUGAGCGACAGCGUGCUGCAGGUUCUCGCAGGUGUUUCGCGUCAAGCGACAGUGAAUGAGAUCAAAACAUGGAGCAUCACGACCAUCGACACAUUAACAGCUCUGAUGGACCAAAAAAAUGGAGCAUGGGACAGACUGAAGAGUAAGGAAGUGAUCCUGCAGUAUCUCAGCAUCAGUGGUCAUACUUUAGGCACUAAUGAACUGAACGUCAUCCGCUCGAACCUCUGCACGCUGGACGUGUCGGCACUGAAGAACAUUACAGCAGAGAGCCUGAGAAACGCAGACACUCCUGAUCUGUCCUCAUGUUCAUCUGAGCAGAAAUCAGUUCUGUACGUCACAGCAAACGCCUCAUUCAGAGCGCAAAACAAACAGAAAGUGUCGUUCUACCACCUCAUCAGCCCUUUCCUCGGUGGAGCUCCAGUUGAGGACGUGAGGGCUUUGGCCUCUGAGAACAUUAGCAUGGACAUCAGCACGUUCAGAAGUCUUGACUUAUCAGUUAUCACGAAUCUGAGUGUGUCGGAGGUGCGCUCUCUCAUGGGUGUGGGUGUAGCCGAUCUGAAGGUGUUUGAGAAUGAUUCGGUGGUUCAGACAUGGAUCUCCUCACAGCUGCAGCCACAGUUAGACACACUAAAUCUUGGGCUGCGGGGGGGCCGAGCUGACCCUUCCACACCUGUCACCAUCCAACCCAAUACCAGCUUCCCCAACACCAGCUUCCCCAACGCCAGCUUCCCCAACACCAGUUUCCCCAACGCCAGCUUCCCCAACACCAGCUCACCAACCACCAGUUUACCCAACACCAGCUCAUCCAACACCAGCUUACCCAACACCAGCUUCCCCAAUGCCAGCUCACCCAACACCAGCUCACCAACCACCAGCUUACCCAACACCAGCUUACCCAACGCCAGCUCAUCCAACGCCAGCUCACCCAACGCCAGCUCACCAACCACCAGCAUACCAAAGGCCAGCUUACCCAACACCAGCUUACCCAAUGGCAGUUUACCCAACGCCAGCUCACCCAACGCCAGCUUCCCCAAUGCCAGCUUACCCAAUGCCAGCUUACCCAAUGCCAGCUCACCAACCACCAGCAUACCAAAGGCCAGCUUACCCAACACCAGCUUACCCAAUGGCAGUUUACCCAACGCCAGCUCACCCAACGCCAGCUUCCCCAAUGCCAGCUUACCCAAUGCCAGCUUACCCAAUGCCAGCUCACCAACCACCAGCAUACCAAAGGCCAGCUUACCCAACACCAGCUUACCCAAUGGCAGUUUACCCAACGCCAGCUCACCCAACGCCAGCUUCCCCAAUGCCAGCUUAUCCAACGCCAGCUUACCCAAUGCCAGCUUACCCAACACCACCACCAACAGCAGCAGCAGCAGCAGCAAUAACAAUGCACAGACUACAGCUCUCAGCCAGUCAGCUUCAAGCACUGAUGCCGAACACGGUUCUGCGUCAGUGCUUCAUCUUGCUUCAAGCGUGUGGUUCAUCACAUCCUGUGUUUGGCUGCUGACUUUCACAUAAUACAUAAUCAAUGACCUCAAUGUUAGUAAUAAUUAAGAUCAACCAACAAUGAUAUAACAUCAACAUUAGAAAUCAAUAAUAUCAAUAUUAGAAAUCAAUAAGAUCAAUAUAAGUAAUGAAAGAUCUCAAUAUCUGUCGAUUUUAGUGAUUGUUUUAUAAUUUAACAUUUUAACUGCUGUUUAGUUCUCAUUUUAAUGAAUGUAAAGUGUACUUAUAUAUGCAAAUUUAUUUAAUUUAGUCUAAUUAUAUUGUUUACAUUUGAUUUGUGAAGAAUAUUUUAUGAAGGAAAUCAUGUUUGUUAGAGUAAUAAAUUGUCUUGUGCUGUUCUGUAU